GAAGUCUUAUGAAAGCUGAUGUGGCUGCAACAUACAUUAAUCAACAGCACAUCUGUCACAACACCAACAGCAACUGUCAUCUUUAAGACUAUUGAAGAAAAGGCUGAGCAUGGAGAGAGAACCACAGAAGAUAAGAGAAGGAUAUCUUGUCAAAAAGGUAAAUUAGGUUAAAGAAUCCAUGAUCGUCACCAUUUAAUUUAAGAAUUUCCCAGAAAUACUUUUUGUCAGGAUAAACAGAAUUAACACCAGAAUAGACACUGUAAGCUCUGCACGCCGGGUUAGAUAUAUUGUUUGUGUAGCUGAUCGCUUAUCUGGAUGUAUUUUAUUGUUUUCUUGUUGUCAUUGAUUGUUUUUAGAUUAUUUUUUUCAUUCAGCCAUUAUUGAAUUACUAAUCAAUAGAACUAUUCACUUCUUGACAUGGAUUCGGUCAAAUAACUCUUCUCUAAAUAAAUGACUUUCUGUGGUUUCUAAAACGAAAGGGAAGUUUUCUUGGUCAGAGUCGCAUAAAACGACAAGUUUAGUACUACUUUUAUAAAAGUUCAGUUAAGAUAUUUGAAUAAUUAACUAAAGUAACUAGGAUUAACCAACUUCUGGAACAUAGCAGCUACCAGAUGAUUCUGCUACUUAAUGUUCUACAAAUGAUGAAUCCCUGCAUGAAAGCCCCUUGUUGUAUAUUUACUUACAGACCAUUCUGCUCUGUAUUAACAUCUCUAAUUUUCUUAGAUUACUUAAAUUACUUAAUUAAUUCACAGUCUUACUGACUCCUUAAUUGCUCGGAACUGAAACUGUGUCUUCUUAGUAGUCCUCCCAAAUUGUCUCACCAUCUUCUUCAAUUACACCACUGCUGACUUUCACAUACACAUACACGUUAUUGCCAUUAGACUGUAAGCCUAUUGGUGUUCUUCAUCAUUUUAUCUAAAAGCACUACAGACACAGUUCCCAACCCAGUUCUCGAAGCACACAAACAGCACAAUGUAAUGUAUGAAUUAUUAGGGUCACUGAUUGAAGCUGACACCAUAAUAUUUAAAACGAAAUUUAAUAGUAUCUUAACAUCUUAGUUGGCUUGUUUUCCUAUAGGGACGAGUAAGAAUUAUUUUACCUUUUUUAGAAUUUGUUUUUAAUUGAAUUGUUAACAUUUAUUGGGUUUAUUUAAAAAAAAAAAACCUCUAGUUAUGUCUGUUGAUUUUUGUUUGGCUUGAUUCUCUUCAGUUCGGCUUAUAAGUGUUUGUUCGCCCACCCAUUGUACAAUGCUGCGGUGUUUGUUGGCGCUAUAUAAAUAGUAAUAAUAAUAAUAAAACAUCUACAAUCUUCAAAUCAUUCACUGAACUAAACGGGUUCCUGCUACUUCCAAAUGAACCUUAUGGCAGCAGUGAGACAUAUUGGUACUGAAUAGUAAUAAACAUAUUGGUACUGAAUAGUAAUAAAAUAGCAACACAAAGUCCCAGCAAUAAGGGAAAAAGAACACUACUAAGGGCAGUGUACAAUUUGGGGGGAUUUAAAGUUGGGGUUAUUGCAUGGCUUAGAGAUAGGAAAACUGGGACUUGAUGGUGCUCACCAUUAGUGUGCAUCAGGGAAAGGGGUUAUAGAAUGAAGGAGAUUCUCUGGCAUUAGCAAAUUUCACAUAGAGAUUUGGCUGAUUUGAACAGCUUAUUGAAUGUAGCCAAGCAAAAGAGCAAACAUGGCUGCAAAAUUUCAAUUUGCCCUUUGUAAAUAGCCAGCACUUUAAAACAGUUGAAGGUGGACAACAAAAUAUUUGGCAGCUGUUUGGAUUCAGAGAAUUGUUCACUAGUGAGCAGGGCCGGCGCUACCUGUUAUGCAGACUAGGCAGCCGCCUAGGGCGCACCCUGGGAAGGGGCGCCGCCAGGAGCGCCGGCCCUCCUCAUGCUGCAGCCGCCCGAGCGCUCUGUAGAGAGCCUCAGGCGGCUGCAGCUUUGCCCUGGCUGGUGUGUCCAUGAGGGCAAACUGCCCGUGCACAGCACGAGGAGAGGGGCUGACAGGAGGGAAGUGCUCAGCGCUCUGCGCUCCCUCCUGUCACUUCCUCACUGUAGCGUGGCCGAGCUCUGUAUGGUCCGCGGGUACAGGGAGCAUCUGUCUCCUGUACCCAGCCAGACUAAGACUGAGUGUGCACUUCCUUUUAGUCCGGCCAGGUACAGGAAACAAAAGCUCACUGUACCCGCGGACCAUACAGAGCUCGGCCAGGCUACAAUGGAGGUAGGGGAGGGGGGAGAAAUAAGUUGACAGGGAGGGGAGGGGGGAGAAAGGGAGAAAGAAAUUGGAAGUUGACAGGGGGGAGAAAGAAAUUGACGGGGGGGCAGAAAGAAAUUGACAGGGGGCAGAAAGAAAUUGACAGGGGGGGGGGGAUAAAGAAAUUGACAGGGGAGAGUGACAGGGGAGGCAGGGGGAAUGAGAGUGGGAAGGGGGAAGGGAGAAGAGAGUGACAAGGGGGGAGAAGAGAGUGACAAGGGGGGAAAAGAGAGUGACAAGGGAGGGGGGGAGAGAUUGACAUCCAUCACACACACAAUCACACACAAUGCACCCCUUACACACAAAGACAAUGCACACCAUGCACACAGAAAAACACACAAUGCAUUACACACACAGACACACACACACAACCCUUACACACAAUGCAUCCCUUACACACACAGAAACACACAUUGCAUUCCUUACACACACUCAAUGCACCCCUUACAGACGCACACCCUGCAUCCCGUACAUACACAGAAACACACCUUGCAGCCCUUACACAUACAAACACAGAUUCACAAAGUGGAUUCCUUACACACAUAUCAGGACAUCCCCUACACACUCCACCCCCUGUGAACAAACUCAAUGGUGGAACAUGAAGGUGGACCCUUGGGCCCAGACCUUGAGCUGUGUAAAGGGCCCCAAAAAAAUGGAGCUGCUUCCCGUUCUCCCAGAACAUUGAUUUUUGUGACCUUAGUUACAAACAGCCUCCAGAGAUCCUGUUCUACACCAGACCAGUGGAGCCAGACUGCAGCCCAUCAUCAUCCUCAUCUGGUUGUAAGUAGGUAAUCUAGUAUAUUAUUAGUGACACUAAUCUCUAAUUUACCUCACAUUAAAGAAACACUAUAGUCCCCAGAACCACUGCAGCUUAAUGUAGUGGUUCUGGUGUACAUAGCCUGUCCCUGCAGGCCUUUUAAUGUAAACACGGCGGCACUGCAGCACUGGCGUUAGUUAACAUGGCAGAUCAUAUGGGUGGGGCAUUGUGAUGUCACAUGGGGGGGGGGCAAACUUUACUUUUGCCUAGGUCGGCAAAAAUCCUUGCACCGGCCCUGCUAGUGAGUCAUUUUUAGACUUGGAGAUUGAUUUCAUUCCAAACUGUAACUCAUCCAAAUUUGGGCCGUUCAGGUGAUCUUUCGAAUUCCCAAAACUCCAAGCCAAUAUGUAGCUGAAUCACAAACCAACUGAAAUGCACAAUGGCCAAGCAUGUCCAUAUUGAUUUGUGAUUCUGAAUUCCACCCAUGAGGCCAUAAAAAUGAGUUGAUUGGUGGGAAAGGAAUGAUGGAUGGCUAGGGCACUGUCACUAAAUGUUGAUUUUUAUAUCCAGUGAGAAGUGACCAAUAGAGGGGGGGAAAGGAGGAGCCAUACAAUAAAUCUAUAUUUAUAUAGUAUGUAUUUAAUAAAUAUAUAAAAUAUAAAUAUAUUUAAAAAAAUGUACCGCACCUCUUCUUUUUCCCUCUAUUGAUUACUUUUUUUUCUCCCUUGAUUUGUAAACCAAAUGGUUGGAAAAAGUGCGUAUAAGUGUACUGGAAAAUAUAUUCAUAAUAUAAAUAUGAUGUAUGUAGUUCGCAGUACACUGAUUGGCCCGUUUUCCAUACUCUUAGCUCUUCUGAUUCAUUUCUCCAAACAGUUUUUGCGUUAGCAAAAUCUUCCUCAGCUGAACUGAUAUAUGUCCAAAAUUUGACUGUCCAUGAAAAACUAUUUUCAGAAAAAUAUUUCAUCCGAAACAAUUAACCAUAACCACUACAUUACUUAGCGCACUGGCUGAGAGCGAUUAGCUGACACACUCAGCCAAUGAGCAGGCCAGGUAAGAAGUUAACCAUUACCAAAUGGUUUGACUACUUACACUGUUGGGGCGCCAGGCCAGUCCCGACACCAUAACCACUACAAUACACUGUAGUAGAUAUGGCGCUUCGAGACUUCCUUUAACACAGUCUUUGAUGCAUUGGUUUUUUUUUAUAUCCCAAAAUAGUAAAGUAUUUUGUAAAGUGUUUUGUAACUUAAAAAAACACCAACAAGCAUUCCUUUAAUCACGAUAGUUUAGAGGAAUCACUGUGCAAUGCAUGUAUCCACCCACCCAAGCAAAAACAAGGAAGGGAGAGGACAGAAAGAACAGCAUGAAAUUUCAUUAUUAAGCGAACAAAAGGGUGUUUAACCUUAAAUAAAUAAUGCAACCGCAGUUACAAAAAGGGGAAGUGAAGUCCAGCAACAGUCCACUCUACAGGAGCAUGUUUCUUGGCUUGUUGCUGAGCUAAACAUAAAAAAUAAAUGAAGUUAUGCUUUAUAAUCUAGACUCCCACACAUGUCGUUUUUCCCCAGUUACAUAGGUAGAACCACAAUGAAAUUCUAAAAAUAUACUGGAAGUGGCAGGAAAUACUUACUGACUCGUCAUUGUUACCCAAUCGUUGAUUUUCUGAUAUGUGUACAUUGAAUGCCAAUCAGCAUGAGCUGCCCAAGUAGAAAGUCCAUAAAUGGUAAUACGUGUGAACACUCACUCUUUCAUGUUACAUUUGCCACAUGCAGGCACUUUAUUAAUAUAAUAAUAAAGUACAACAAGUAGCUCCCAGUGCUACAGAACAUGUAUAUGAUCCAGAAUUUGUGUAAUGAUAUGCUGGGCCAGUCUAGUACAGUAUUAUUUGUGGACUUCUUUUUGCCCCAAUCAUGUUUUUAUUCAAGAUAGUAUUCCAGGAUAUAACAUUUCAUAAGAAUAAUAUGUUCCAAUAUGUUAAAGAUUACAGUAAGUUAAGUAAUAUAUCAAGGCACAUUAUCUUAUUAAUAUGUAUAUCUUAGGGACAUAGCAAAUUAUUUAUUUUAUUUUCAUAUAUGUCAGAAGAAAUCGUAUUUUUGUGGAAUUCUAACUCAGAAAAGAUAAUAAAAUGCUCGCGGGCUACAUCCAGUCCAUAGACAACCAAACGGAUAUUCCUUGGGUAACACAUCUGAUACAGAGACAUUGACUGCAGCAGAAGAGCCACUUGGCCCAUUACAUCUCUCCACAUAAACAUACCCUCCAUCUCCGAGAUCCAGAGAAUCGGGAUGCCGUUUAGAUGGGGAAAAGGAGGCGAGGCAGUGACGUGAUCGUGUCACUGGCUCUGCCCCAUUGGGAGCCAACCUGCUUGGAAAGUGCACGGGUCCGCCCAGAUUAUUGGUAGGUCAGCCUGGCAUGAAUGCACACCAGGCUACCUGCCAAUGAAGGGGUCCAGCCCACGGAGCACAUGCCAUGCAGAUAGUACUGUUUCAGUGUCCUAGUGCCCUGUACAUAGCUUUCAUGCUAUUCUUUUUGAGGGACAGCUCCCUGGUGUCUACAAAAGUUGGGCAGGAACCUGAAAAUAGGGACUGUUCUGCCAAAAUCAGGAUGGCUGGAAGGCCUGCUUAAAUCUUUCAUGCCAUCUAAUUGAUGACUUUACCACUGAUUACAUUCAUAAAGUCAAACAAAUUAGUAAUAUUUCAGAAAAAAAAUGAUGCAUUCAAACUUUGAUGGUCUCUUCAUUCUUUAACCUCGGUCAGGCGCAACAGGCACAGCCAAUGUUUGUUGUUUUGUCCUACCAAGUGUAAACAUACAUUAUGUAUGGAAUAUGCUACGUUUUAUUGUAAUAAAUGCUCAGAAAUUGCUUUCGCCAACGUUGUAGAGCAAAUGGAAUAAUAAACAUGUUUUUAUUUGAGUAAAAAGUUUGUUUUGUAAAAGUGGCCUACUACGCACAAUGCGCCCGAUCCUGUUCUUACUCACAUUGCGCCUGACCGAGGGUUAAACAAAAAGGAAGACCAUGAAAGGUGCCUACCUGCUUUAAAAAACUAUCUCAUGUACAGUGGAAGAUACAUCUGUUGGAAAAAAAAGGCUUACACCUCUUUUUUUAUACAUUGGGAGAGACAUAUUUGUGAACUGAAAAAAAAAGAACCAAAAUGUUAGAGGAAAAUAAAAUUAUGGCCGAGGUGCAGUAAGGAAUAUUUUUGGAGCAAAUAGGGAAAUAAAUACGCUCAAAUGUGAAAAACAGCCUAGACUUUUUAUACAGGUAUAUAUUGUUAUUCAAUGAUUUUCACUGUUUUAUUUAAUGGUGUAAAUGCAAAAGAAGUGACAGUUCCCCAUAAAAUACGCUAUUAUUAUUUUCAAUCUAUUCUCUAAAAAUAGAACCACGAUUGUCGCAACAAAAGGAAAAUAUGUCGGCUAUCUCUGGGUUCUGUUUCCUCUUUUCUAUGAAUGUUUUAGGAAACAAUGUAUCAAGCCUUAAAAUACCCAUUUUUGUGUGAAUACAUGAAAUUAAAUGGUAAUAAAAACAAUAUGGUGUGAUCGUCUCACUCCACCACCAUGGGCUUUCGUUUUUAUGGUUCACUUCAGCAACAUUCUUCUUGUAGUGUUUGUAUAUAUUUUACAUGAUUUUCCCAUUAUUUCAACAAGUCAACCAAUAUUUACCUUAACCCCUUCAUUACUUUAAUACAUUAUGCUACACAUCAACCCCUACAUUACUCUAACAAACUACGCUACACAUUAACCCCUACAUUACUCUAACAAACUACGCUACACAUCAGCCCCUACAUUACUCUAACAAACUACGCUACACAUCAGCCCCUACAUUACUCUAACAAACUACGCUACACAUCAGCCCCUACAUUACUCUAACAAACUACGCUACACAUCAACCCCUACAUUACUCUAACAAACUAAGCUACACAUUAACCCCUACAUUACUCUAACAAACUACGCUACACAUUAACCCCUACAUUACUCUAACAAACUAAGCUACACAUUAACCCCUACAUUACUCUAACACACUAUGCUACACAUCAACCCCUACAUUACUCUAACAAACUAAGCUACACAUUAACCCCUACAUUACUCUAACAAACUAAGCUACACAUUAACCCCUACAUUACUCUAACAAACUAAGCUACACAUUAACCCCUACAUUACUCUAACAAACUACGCUACACAUUAACCCCUACAUUACUCUAACACACUAUGCUACACAUUAACCCCUACAUUACUCUAACAAACUAUGCUACACAUUAACCCCUUCAUUACUUUAACACACCAUGCUACACAUUAACCCCUACAUUUCUCUAACAAACUACGCUACACAUUAACCCCUACAUUACUCUAACAAACUAUGCUACACAUUAACCCCUACAUUACUCUAACAAACUAAGCUACACAUUAACCCCUACAUUACUUUAACACACUAUGCUACACAUUAACCUCUACAUUACUCUAACAAACAACGCUACACAUUAACCCCUACAUUACUCUAACAAACUAAGCUACACAUUAACCCCUACAUUACUCUAACAAACUACGCUACACAUUAACCCCUACAUUACUCUAACAAACUACGCUACACAUUAACCCCUACAUUACUUUAACACACUAUGCUACACAUUAACCCCUGCAUUACUUUAAUACACUAUGCUACAAAUUAACCCCUACAUUACUUUAACACACUAUGCUACACAUUAACCCCUACAUUACUUUAACACACUAUGCUACAAAUUAACCUCUACAUUACUUUUUUUUUUCUUCAUUCUUUAUUUUGUUUGUGCAUUUGCUUAAUACGAGCGCUUGAGUAGCCACAACUGCUCUCUCAGGCUUUCAAAGUGACAUAAAUAGACAUUUGGCAUUGGAAGACAGUGCACUUUUUUUUUUUUAAAUUAAGUUUAUAUGUUAUAACAUUCUGGCUAGUUCUCUCGCUGUAUCGCCAUAUUCUCGGUUUAAUAAAAAGAGAAAAAAAAGAGAGUAGGAAUGUGUAGUUUGAUACACUCUGUACGUCUAGAUCGGGGCUUGGGUGAUGAGCAACUUACACUUGCGUCUUGCUGGUGGUUUUCAGUGGUGGCAAUGGCGAAAGGGAAAUAUACCACGCGUCUUGCCAUUGUGGUGCUGUCUAGGGUAUGGUGUUUUGUGUGGUCUUAGCUAUCUCUGUCCCUAGAUUGCCCUAUGUGCCUCGUAGGUGCUUGUGCAGUGUGCGUGUGGUCUGUGACCCCUUACCUAAGUGGGCGAUGUGAAUAUGCUGGUGGCCCUGGGCUUGGCACUCUCAUGGUUGUGACUAUUGUGUGUGUGGUAUGAUGCCCGUUGGUUGUUGUGUCGAUUUGUGGGUCAUUGCCAAUAAGGUGGCCCUUUAAAUAAGGGAGAGGUCAUAUGAAUGUGUGCCUUGCAUAGUUCCUGAUUGUUUUGUUGAGCCAGUUGAAGAAAAGUAAACUAUUAAAGCAGUACAAUAAACAUUAACAUUGGUAACUUUUUGCCUGUAGGCUGAGUAGCAGUCAUUGGUGUCAGGUGGCUGCUAUUGGGGCUCCUCUCCUUCUUGGUACAUGCUCCCAUGUGUGGGAGCUGGUGGGCUCAUCAGUUGGGUCAAGUCCUGGUGGGAGCCCCAGCGCCCCGAGGAAGGAGUCCGCCGCCUCCUGAGUGGAGGUAAGGUGCAGAGUAGUGCCGUUGUGGUCCACUGACAGGGUUUUGGGUACUGUCCAGCGGUAGGUCACCUUGGUUUCUUGGAGGCGAUGAGUCACUGGGCGCAGGUUUCUUCUCCACUGGAGUGUGGAUCUUAUCAGGUCCUGAUAGAAGGUAAGACUCGCGGAUUCGAAGUCCAGUGGCGUUUUGCCUUUCAGAGGUGCGAAGAUGGCAUUUCGUAUUUUGUAUGUGGCAAUAUGGUGGCGACCAGGCGUCUGAGAUAAUGUGGCAGUUCUGACUGGCUUAUUUCGUUUGGGAUUCCCCCUAUUUUCAUGUUGCUUUUACAGCUUCUCUCUUCUGCUACAUCCAGCUUGUUGAGCAGGAUUGAGUGAGAGGACUUUAGUUGGGACACCGUUUCUUUAAGGCCUCUCAGUUCGUGUUGGACGUCUAUAAUAUCCUCCUCCUGAGGUUUUCACGUGGUCUGUGACCGCUUGGACCUCCAUUUUCAGUAUGGCCAUGUCUGCCGCGGACAUUUGUUUUAGCUCUAUUAGGAGGUUUUUGAUGUCCAGUUUAGUGGCUAGUGUCAGCACAUCAGGGUCAGCCUGUGUGUUUUGGGGUAGCAGUUGGUCUAGGGUAUACCCCAUGGUGUGCUCCGAGCAUGUGGAGCUGGUGUCUGGGUCAGGUGUGGCCGCCAUAUUUGUGACCGCGGGGCGCUGGAGCAUGGUGCUGAUAUCGCGGGUAUCUUUGCACGCACCUGUUGCUAUCCGCUGGGAUUUUCGUCCCAUUUUUGCCAAGUCUGUGUUCAUGUUCUCCGAUGGUGGUGUAGCUGCGGAGAAUACCACGUUGUGGAGCGCCGUUUUGAAGGCUCUGUAGUCUGGGUAGGCCUUGAUUUUGCGGUGUCCUUUCCGACCCGAUUGCUGGUAUAAGAAGGGUAUCGGUCGGUUGUCGGCUUGGUCACUUUGCUCUGCCCGUUGGUCUUUGGUGUUGUGUGGGCUUCUUUGGCUGGAUUUCCCCCGUUUUUGUCAGAGCUCUCUGUGCUUGCGACCGCUCGGUUCAGUGGCUAAGCUCCGCCCCCACCCCUACAUUACUUUAACACACUAUGCUACACAUUAACCCCUACAUUACCCUAACACACUACACUACCCACUAACCCCUACAUUACUCUCACACUACGCUACACAUUAACCUCUACAUUACUCUAACACACUAUGCUACACAUUAACCACUACACUAUUUUAACACACUAUGCUACACAUUAACCCCUACAUUACCCUAACACUACGCUAUCCAUUAACCUCUACAUUACCCUAACACACUACGCUAUCCAUUAAAGGGACUCUCCAGGCAAACAAAUUUACUCACCUGGUUCCAGCGCCAGGAACCUCGUUAAGCUGCGCCCCCUAUUUCGUCAAAAUGCCGAAAUAGGCGGGCGCGAGCAGGGAGCAAUCAGACGCUUCCAUUUGGAAGCGUCAUUGCUCCCUUGUGCGCAUUCAUGAACCCCUACAUUACUCUAACACACUAUGCUACACAUUAUCCCCAACAUUACUCUAACACAUUAUGCUACACAUUAACCCCUACAUUACUCUUACACACUACGCUACACAUUAACCCGUACAUUACUCUAACACACUACGCUACAUAUUAACCCCUACACUAUUUUAACACAUUACACUACACAUUAACCCCUACAUUUCUCUAACAAACUACGCUACACAUUAACCCCUACAUUACUCUAACAAACUACGCUACACAUUAACCCCUUCAUUACUUUAACACACUAUGCUACAAAUUAACCCCUACAUUACUUUAACACACUAUGCUACACAUUAACCUCUACAUUACUCUAACACACUACACAUUAACCCCUACACUGUACUAAGACUACACUACAGAUUAACUCCUACAUUAGCAAAAACACUGCACUUCACUACACAUUAAUCCCUACAUAACUCCAACACACUACACUACGGAUUAACCCCUAUAUUUCACUAACAUACAAUACUACAUAUUAACCCCUAUGUUACUUUAGCACACUACACUACAACAUUACUCUAAUACACUACAUAACAAUGAUCAUUAUCCACUACACUAAAAGUUAACCCCUGCACUGCAUUAACUAUACCCUAAAAACUACAUAAAAGAUACAUAACUGUAAAGUGUGUUUAUGGGAAAAUAAUGGCAUCUAUAAACCACCAACUUUUUGUCUUAUUAUGUUUCCAGAACCCCUUGAUGGGUUUAUUUUCCCCUUAAACAUGGUUUACAUUAUCUAUCCUAUAUUCUUAUCCUUCUGUCUCUUUAUGGGGGGACAUAGAGGAUUGCAAUCAUAACCUCCGGGUCUUUAACUGUUUCUGUGCCAACCUCCAGACAACAAAUACUCAGUAUGAAUCAGAGCACUACAUACUCUGACGCGGAAUGUUAGAGUUUAUACCCAUUGCAUUAUUUUUUUAUAUUUGGAAUCAUUUAAGUAACAACUUGUAAAUAGGAAGUCUAAGGGUUCAUCGGUGUCUGCACUCUCUUUAUUAGGAAGUUCCUCAGGAGUGCUUGUGUAACUGCAGAGAUUUCAUUAUUUUUCAUUACAUACUUGUACAGUAAUUGUGAAUAAACGUUUGCAGAGAAGAGUAUUGCUUAAUGUGAUGAAGGCUGUGUUACAGCCACCAGCAGUGACUGAGCUACAGGGUGCGUGAUCCAAUGCUCAUAUAAUUAGCCUUAAAGGGACACUCUAAGCAGCAUAAAUACUGUAGCUUAAUAAAGUGGUUUUGGUGUAUAUAGUUCAUGCCCCGGCUGUCUAACUGUUAAAAUCUCUCCUCUGUAGAAGUUAAAUCACUUUCAGGGUUAUUUUCUAAAGUGAGAAUUCAAAAUGAAUUUCAAAUUUAAGGCAAAAGUAACCUAAAUUAAAAAACUCCCCAAGUCAGCUAUAUUUCAGCUCCCUGGCCUAAGAUUUGAAAUUAACUUUCAGUUAUGAUUUAAGUAAAUUAUCGUGUUUGACUUCACUUUAAAUUCUCCCUUUAGUGGAUACGUCCAUUUAUGCAGCCCUAGCCGCAGCUCCCCUGGUAGUGACACACACAGCAUCCCUAUAUACUUCCUGAAAAUCGGUCUCUUUUUUUUUUAAAACUUAUUGCAACAUGUGUUUUAAUUUAGAAUAUCAUAUUUCCUGCUGUGUUAGUUGCCUGUCAGUUAGUGUCUGCAGAGGUAUUUACAUCUGUGCAUUAAAACUGUUCCAUUAAGCUAAAGUGGUUUUGGUGCUUAGAGUAUACUUGUAAUGGAAUCCAGAUUUCUUUUCUGGAACUGCAUUUGACGUGCUUCAACUAGGCAAAGGAGUUUAAAGGGCCACCGUCCGCCUGAGCACAAUAGAUUAUAGUAAUGAAAAAAAAAUAUCUCUAGAUUUCUUUUUAUUUUAACUUACAUUUUCUGCCGGGUCAUACAGAUCUCUGCAUUGCCACUCUGGUGAAGAAAUUGGCAAGUGAGCAUGCACUCAUACGGAGUGUGCAUGAGCCUGAACGUGCAUUACACGAGGACUAAAUCCAUAUGGUGAUAGUAAAAAAAAUAAUGCAAAACAUCGGAAUACUGUAUAUGCACUAAGCACCGUAUAUUGCAAGAUUCAGGUUGUGACAAUCGUUGAGUUGGAGACUUUUUCCAUAUCAACUAUUUUGGAUAAUUUGUUGUUAAUAGUAUAAACACCUGUGGGUCCACCUAAAUAUAUAAAUUACUCUGUAACUUACAGGAAUCUGAGGACAAAAUAGCAGCUUUCCGUUUGGUUUCACACCUUAAACCUUUAUUUUAACUGCUUCAGUGUGACGUGUGCACAGUUUCGAAGUUCCACGCAAAAAUAUGUAUUUGGUAAAAAUAAGUGUUAAAAAAAAAGUGGCUGAACACACGUUACAGGUUUAGUUAUAUGUACGUGUAGAUUACAAGUAUUCAGCAUUUUCAAAUGCAGAUGAAACGAUAUUGCACUUUGUACAGCUGAAAUGAAAUUUGAGAAAUGGUUAUUCAAAAACAUGUUUCAGGAAAUAAAAUAUGUUCUUUAUGAAUACAGUAUAAAUGACAAUGAGAGCUACACUUGCACAGUGAAAAAAAAAUGGUUUCUGUUGAACCCCUUUACACAAAGAAGAUGUCCCAAAUGAAAGGGACCUGUAGCGUGUAAAGAGAACUUAUGGCAGGGGGUAACCCUAAAAGUUUCAAAAAUGAGCACAGAAGUGAUCCAAUGGCAUUAAGUCCAGAGGAUACAAUAAAGUUUCCUGGGUUUGCAAACAAAUAUAUUCAUAAGGUUAAAAUCUAAUUUUAUUAAUGAACAUAACCAUCAAAUUAAAAAAAUCACACCACAUCUAAAUCCCAAAGGAGAGCUAAUGAGCUCAGCAAACCUGAUGGGUAGAAAGGGUAGCAGAAUAUAGGAGGCUGCUGAAUGGCAGAUAGUGAAAGGGUUAAAUGGUGAGAACCUAUGUACUAUGACCUUCACUAGCAAGCGCAUAAAAAGUAUGUAUAACUCGCAAAGAAGCUAGUCUAUAAUGCUAGAUGCUGGUGCAUGGGCAGAAUAAACUUCUUGUUACCAGCGUCUAAGAUCUGUCUAGCUGUACACACCUGCUCUGUAGAAAUAUUGAAACAUAAUGUCUCGCUGUUUUUGUUCAAACAGAUCUGGAUAAAGGUAACAAAGAGACAGUGAUUUCCCACCUAAUUAGUCUUUUAGUGUUGCCAAUCAAGGAUCAAACAGCUAAGCAUAUUAACUCAUAGUGUAAAAACUACCUCAUGGGUCUGAAUAAAUAUAGAUGGUAAUAGACUGUACACUAAAUAGCCAUGAAAUUGAGUCCCUUAAUCCCUUAAGGACCACUCUAGGCACCCAGACCACUUCAGCUUAAUGAAGUGGUCUGGGUGCCAGGUCCUUCUAGGGUUAACCCAUUUUUUCAUAAUUAUAGCAGUUUCAGAGAAACUGCUAUAAUUAUGAAUGGGUUAAGCCUUCCCCCUAAUCCUCUAGUGGCUGUCUCAUUGACAGCCACUAGAGGCGCUUGUGCUCACUGUGAUUUUCACAGUGAGAAACGCCUAAAAGCAUUGUAAAUGCUUUCCUAUGCGAGGCUGAAUGCGCGCGCAGCGUGCGCAGCGGGGCCGGAGGCGGAGAGGAGGAGGAGAGCUCUCCGCCCAGCGCUGGAAAAAGGUAAGUUUUACCCCUUUCCCUUCCAGAGCCGGGCGGGAGGUCCCUGAGGGUGGGGGCACCCUCAGGGCACUAUAGUGCCAGGAAAACGAGUAUGUUUUCCUGGCACUAUAGUGGUCCUUUAAGGACCAAACUUCUGGAAUAAAAGGGAAUCAUGACAUGUCACACAUGUCAUGUGUCCUUAAAGGGUUAAAGGAACACCAUAGUCACCUAAAUUACUUUAGCCAAAUAAAGCAGUUUUAGUGUAUAGAUCAUUCCCCUGCAAUUUCACUGCUCAAUUCACUGUCAUUUAGGAGUUAAAUCACUUUGUUUCUGUUUAUGCAGCCCUAGCCACACCUCCCCAGGCUAUGACUGACAGAGCCUGCAUGAAAAAAAAAAAACUGGUUUCACUUUCAAACAGAUGUAAUUUACCUUAAAGAAUUGUAUCUCAAUCUCUAAAUUGAACUUUAAUCACAUACAGGAGGCUCUUGCAGGGUCUAGCAAGCUAUUAACAUAGCAGGGGAUAAGAAUCUUAAAAUCUUAAUUAAACAGAACUUAAAAUAGGGCUCUCUUUACAGGAAGUGUUUAUGGAAGGCUGUGCAAGUCACAUGCAGGGAGGUGUGACUAGGGUUCAUAAACAAAGGGAUUUAACUCCUAAAUGGCAGAGGAUUGAGCAGUGAGGCUGCAGGGGCAUGUUCUAUAUACCAAAACUGCUUCAUUAAGCUAAAGUUGUUCAGGUGACUAUAGUGUCCCUUUAAUAAUUUCCUUCCUGCUCAAAAUGCCCUAGAUAACUCCCAUCAUAGAGAGUAGCCCCUAAUAGUAUGCUAAAUAAAUCCUCUAAACAUAACCAAAGAGUGCCAAACUAAAAAGUUUAAAUGAGCAUUAGUGGACACCUACGGGAAAGAAAGAACUUGUAAUUUUGUAAAUGUAGCAAUAAUUCUGUAUUCCUUUUUCCACAGGCAAUUUUUAAUAAAUGGAAGCCUAUGUGGGUAACACUACUUGAAGAUGGGAUCGAAUUUUACAAGAAGAAAAGUGAUAAUAGUCCCAAAGGAAUGAUCCCUUUGAAGGGGAGCACUAUAACUAAUCACUGCCAGGAUUUUAGCAAAAGAAUGGUAAGCAUUUUUUGACUUAAUAGCGGAGUGCAGUGCUAUGGCAAAUAAUACCAGGCAAUACUACUUAGCGUUUACUAAAAAGCGCAGUAAUGACUAUGCUUGGCACCCUAUACAUAUUUGUGGACUACUUUUAUAGUAAUACCACGGUCAAGAUGUUCCUGGGCAUCAUGGGUAUUGCAAUUCAGUUUUGAGUUCACUACAAUCUACGACUACAAGGUCACUAUUAGUACACCAUAAUCACUUCAAUAAGAUAAAGUGGUACUGGUACUAGAAUUCACCUUUAAUGUUAAGUGACAGCCACAUUGUGGCUGCAAAAUGUUUUGUUUUUUUGCCUGCCUUUGAAAUAAACAUCAGCUGCUAAAUGUUAUACAGCACAUUGUUUCCAUUGUAAAUGAAGAAUAGAACCACUGUGUUGGAUGCUGUUGCUAUAUGACUUCACAUUACAGUAAAGAUAAAAAUACUCGUUUGUGAAUUAGAGAUAUAAGAGAUUUAUAUAAUAUAGAUUGAAAUUCAAAUUUUCUUUACCUAUUUCUCCAUUCAAAGUCAAAGUAAAUUUAAAAAUCAAGCAUAAGGAGUUUAAUAAAAAGUAUACAUUAAAUACAAAUUACACAGGUGAAGGGCACAUGUGCUAUUUAUAAUGUCAUGGCGGAGUUACUAUGGCAGUGAAUUCAUAAGCACUCAUUUCUCUUGAUAAAUACUAUUCACAAAAUGGUACACAUAAAAAGUUCUGACAAAUCAGUAGAAUUGAAUGUGAGUAACAUACAGAUGUUAGAUUCAAGAGAGGACCAUGUAAACCUGGUAUAUACAUGGUCUUCAUAAGCUCUUUUCAGCUGUUGAAGAUGUCUGCUCUUCAUUUUUUUACCACAAGCAUGGAAGCAAGUCCUAAGACAGCUGUGGGUAAUUUGGUGCCAUUGGGCAUCUGGUUUCUGAAUACAGUUAUCACCUAUUAAUACUUGUUCUACAAAUGAACUAAUUGAAUUUACCUAGUUGUCUACUUCCUUCUUACUCCAGAGAGAACGCGGUCAAGCCAGUUCUCCAGCUGCCAAUCAGAAGUGCCAUACGUGAUGGGACUCAGAUAAAUGUUGAGUUCCACAUCCCAUAACUGUUUCUCAUUAUUAAAACCAAAACACGAUCUAUAGCUUCCCAUUAGCAGUUCUGAAAAUACUUCACUUCACCACUGCAGAAGGCUCUGAGUUUCUGAAAAAAAUAUCUGCUUAUUAUUCUAUGAAUCAAGUAUACUGUAUUUGGCUCAAUGCUAAUCAACGUGCAAUGCCACGUACGUAACUUGGGGUUGGGUUAGCUGUGCACACAGCCCACCAGUGAUGCUCUAUUUAUGGUAAUACACAAUUAUGCAAAUUGCAUAGCAGUAAAGGCAGGGCAGUCAGAAACAUUAGAGGGACACUAUCACUAUAGUCACCCAGACCACUUCAGCUCAAUGAAGUGGUCUGGGUGCCAGGUCCCUCAGGUUUUAACCCUUCAGAUGCAAACAUAGCAGUUUCAGAAAAACUGCUAUGUUUACAUUUGAGGUUAAGCCAGCUUCUAGUGGCUGUCUUCCGGACAGCCACUAGAGGCGCAUCUGCGAUGCUGGAGGCUAAUUUCGCCUCCAUCACACAGAGCGUCCAUAGGAAAGCAUUGAGAAACUUUCCGCGCAUGCACAUUCCGUUCCAGUGACGUUGGAUGUGGGAGCUGACGUGUGACAGGGAGGAAAGGUCGCCAGCGCUGAGGGAGCCUGGCGCUGGGUUAAGGUAAGUGGCUGAAGGGGUUUUAACCCCUUCAGCGCCACAGGAGGGGGUCCCUUAGAAUGGGGGCACCCACAGUGCACUAUAGUGUCAGGAAAACCGCUUUGUUUUCCUGACACUAUAGUGACCCUUUAAUUCCAGAAUAGCACUUCUACAAUGUAUUUGUUGUAUUUGUUGACCAUUUUGUUAUCACAAAUUAGAAAUUAAAUUCCAUCAUAUAAAGUUCCGUAUAAAGUUACAUCACAUAAUUUUAAGUCAAGUGCAUUUCAACUCAACACAACACAAUCCAUUAACAUGUUCUCAAAUUUAGAAUGUUAUAUCAUUGUAUUGAUAGAAUGAAUUUGAGUAGAAUUGUUCAUGAGAACAAGUCGUGCUUCUUCCAAUAUUAAUUACAUAGAAAAGUAUAAAUUUUGCAACAUUUUGUGCUCCAUUUAGUAUGUGUUCAAGAUCACCACAACUAAGGAGCAGGAUCACUACUUCCAAGCGUCCCACCAAGAAGAACGAGAUGCUUGGGUAAAAGAUUUGAAAAAGGCAGUUAAAUGUAUCGAAGACGGUCAAAGGUUUGCGCGGAAAUCUACAAGAAGGUCCAUUCGAUUACCUGACACUAUUAAUUUGAGGUUAGUGUUAUAUAAACAUGAAACAGGACCAUAACAGGCCGUAAAACCUCAGGACUUUCUUUGCAAAGUUGUGAAUUGUAGAAAAUAUAGCAAGGGAAUUGCAAAUAUUAGCUAUGGGUAGUUAUCAAAUUUAAAUAGCGCAGUAAGACAGUGUUAUAAAUUACAAAAAAACGAAUGGUUCUUUUUAUUAUUUAUCCUCCACAAUUUUUUUGUAGGUAUAGCCAUUUUUAUUGUGUCAUUCUAUGGGUAUUAUACGCAUCCAAAACAAAGAAAACAUGAAAAAUGAAUCGAGCAAUACUAAUCUAUUACAGAGCAGAUAAUAUAUAUAUAUAUAUAUAUAUAUAUAUAUAUAAUAAAGAGAAGAUAAAGGGAGCACACUAGGUCUUCAAUUCAGUGAAAUAAAGUUAUUUAAUGUAUUAUCAAAAAUACAUGGGCUGUGAGCAAAAAAAUCAACGUUUCGACUCUCCUGGGGUCUUUAUCAAGAACAUUAGAGGCCUGGAACUUUUAGUUUUCAAUAGUGACAUUUGCCAUAAACAAAGCAAGUGACACUUUGGUUUUACAGGGCAGUCAUUACUAACUUUGGCAGUACAAAUGAUGUUUGACAGAUUAUUACAUGACACUUAGCCAGCCUUUAGUUUAUUCAUCAAUAACACAUUAUUAUUAGAGUUUAUAUAGCUCCAAUAUAGUACAUGUUGCUCUAAGAGGAUAUUUAGAGGUAUGCUUGAACUUUGUAAAGCAAAACAUCAACAAGCUGAAAAUCUAUAAGAAUUUGAGGUUGGUCUCUUGACAAAGACUAUUACUGAUGAGUUGGUUUUACUUCGUUUCAAACCUGGGUUUCUCAGUGUUAAGGCAAAAACAUCACCACUGUGACUAUUUGAAAGUAUGUAAAAGUCAUGAAUGAUUGCAUACCCCAUGAAAAUCAAUGGACUAUUUUUUUUUUUUAAUUUCAGUGAGUUGUAUAUCUCCAUGAAAGACCCAGAUCGUGGAAUCAGAGUAUUAAAAUUGGAAAAGGACAAAAAAGUGUUCAAUCAGUGCUUUACAGGUAAAAACAAACUCAAGGAAUGUUAUUGGUGAUGAUAGUUUCUCAGCCCCCCCUCUUUAAUAUACUGUAGAAAUGAAAUGGCCUGUCACAAAACACUUCACUUAUUAAGAAAAAAAAGGAUCGCUAACACUGCUUAGAAUUACUUCUCUGAUAAUGUAAAUGAACAUGGGGUGCGUACUAAUGCAGGGAUCAGUCAUCAGAAAAUAAUGACCCCUUGAAAAAGUAAGACAAGCACCAUAGCCACUACAUAGCAAUCAAUAUCAGCCAAUGAGCUAGUCUUGCACUGUUGGGCUUAGCUCAGGUGAGGAACUCCAGCAUUAGUAGUGGAGGCGGGGAGCAGCAGCCGGCAGUCCCCAAGUAAGAAGUAAGUCCAUUUGAAAACACUUUGACUACUUACUUACAAUAGGGGGUGCAUGUGCCUGGCUACAUAACCACUACAGUGACGUGGUUCUUUUAAAUAAUAAUCUGAAGCUAUGCCAGGUUACCUUUUCAAAGUGUGUUUUAAAUGUAUGUAGGUAUAUAUUCAGGCACACAAAUUAUUAUCAUUGAAGUUGGUGUAUUAGACCCAGAGCAAUACAUAUCAAUAGUGAUGUCCCGAACGGUUCGCCAAACGGUUCGCGAAGGUUCGGGACAUCACUACAUAUCAACCCUUCGCAAAAGACACUGGUAGUCUCAGAUGACCAGGAACAUUACAACAAAAUAUAAUUAACUAUACUAUAUAUUACAAGGUGAAUUAUAUUUUGUUCUAAUGUUCUUGGACAUCACAGUAACAGAUCACAGGACAUCAAUAAAUCAGAGAGAAGCUGCUAUGAUUUUUUUUGUACGGGACGAAUGAUACAUUGAAUGAAUGUCUAAUGGUAUGGCCAAUGCCCCCUUUCAGUGAUGGUAUAAAAACUAGAUAAGGUUUCACUUACCAUCUUUCCCAUAAAUGUCUUCAGGAGUCUUGCAACAGGAACCUGCAGUAAUGGACAAUAAAUAAGUACUAUUUUUCUUUGCAUUUAUCAUUAGCAGGAAAUCCAAAAGACGCAUUGUUAGUAAGUUUCAGAAAUUCUCAUAUUAAUUCACAAAGUAGAACUACUUUUGCAGAGUGCCUGACCUCAUUCUAGAACUGCAUGGUUACGUGUUCUUUUAAUGUGCUACGAUGCGUGGGUUUUUGUGUGUCAUGUUAGCAAAAUCAGCUGCACACUAGGGUAUUGCAAAUAUUUGAUCACUCUUACAUUCUUGCUUUCUGCACUAAACAUUUACUCUUUUUAUAUGUGAUAUAAAUAUAUAGAAACGUUAUAUAUAGAAACAUAGAAUGUGAUGGCAGAUAAGAACCAUUCGGCCCAUCUAGUCUGCCCAAUUUUCUAAAUACUUUCAUUAGUCCCUGGCCUUAUCUUAUAGUUAGGAUAGCCUUAUGCCUAUCCCACGCAUGCUUAAACUCCUUUACUGUGUUACCACUUCAGCUGGAAGGCUAUUCCAUGCAUCCACUACCCUCUCAGUAGAGUAAUACUUCCUGAUAUUAUUUUUAAACCUUUGUCCCUCUAAUUUAAGACUAUGUCCUCUUGUUGUGGUAGUUUUUCUUCUUUUAAAUAUAGUCUCCCCUUUACUGUGUUGAUUCCCUUUAUGUAUUUAAAUGUUUCUAUCAUAUCCCCCCUGUCUCGUCUUUCCUCCAAGCUAUACAUGUUAAGAUCCUUUAACCUUUCCUGGUAAGUUUUAUCCCGCAAUCCAUGAACCAGUUUAGUAGCCCUUCUCUGAACCCUCUCUAAGGUAUCAAUAUCCUUCUGAAGAUACGGUCUCCAGUACUGUGUACAAUACUCCAAGUGAGGUCUCACCAGUGUUCUGUACAAUGGCAUGAGCACUUCCCUCUUUCUACUGCUAAUACCUCUCCCUAUACAACCAAGCAUUCUGCUAGCAUUUCCUGCUGCUCUAUUACAUUGUGUGCCUACCUUUAAGUCAUCAGAAAUAAUCACCCCUAAAUCCCUUUCCUCAUAUGUUGAGGUUAGGACUCUAUCAAAUAUUCUGUACUCUGCCCUUGGGUUUUUACGUCCAAGAUGCAUUAUCUUGCACUUAUCCACAUUAAAUGUCAGUUGCCACAAUUCUGACCAUUUUUCUAGUUUACCUAAAUCAUUUGCCAUUUGGCUUAUCCCUCCUGGAACAUCAACCCUGUUACAUAUCUUAGUAUCAUCAGCAAAAGACAUACCUUACCAUCAAGACCUUCUGCAAUAUCACUAAUAAAAAUAUUAAAGAGAAUGGGUCCAAGUACAGAUCCCUGAGGUACCCCACUGGUGACAAGUCCAAGCUUCGAAUAUAUUCCAUUAACUACAACCCUCUGUUGCCUGUCACUCAGCCACUGCCUUACCCAUUCAACAAUAUUGGAAUCCAAACUUAAAGAUUGCAGUUUAUUGAUAAGCCUUCUAUGUGCAACAGUGUCAAAAGCCUUACUGAAAUCUAGGUAAGCAAUGUCUACUGCACCACCCUGAUCUAUAAUUUUAGUUACCCAAUCAAAAAAAUCAAUAAGAUUAGUUUGGCAUGAUCUCCCUGAAGUAAACUCAUGUUGUCUCUGAUCUUGAAAUCCAUGUGUUUUUAGAUGUUCAACAAUACUAUCCUUUAACAUGGUUUCCAUCACUUUCCCCACUACUGAAGUAAGGCUUACUGGCCUAUAGUUGCCCGACUCCUCCCUAUUACCUUUCUUGUAAAUGGGCACAACAUUUGCUAACUAUCAAUUAUCAAAUGUGUUUAAUGCACAUCUGCAUAUUUUUGUUUAGGUACCUGUGUAGCUGACUGGUUAAUAUCAAGCAAAUCGGUCAGGAACCGCCAGGAGGCUCUUAUGCUGUCCACGGCACUACUGAACGAAGGUCAUCUUCACCCAGCGAAUGAUGUCGCCAAGAACGCUGCUGAAGGUUUAGCAGAAACUACAUUAGUUGAUACAUCAGAUGCAUUAUAUUACUUUGUAAGUCUUGCUGAUAAAUUGUUGUUCAUCAUAUUGGCUCCUGCACAUAAUUGAGGCAGCCAGUGUCCUAACCAGAUAUGCACGCUAUGUCUGAAUUGUAAUUGACCUACACAGAUCUGAUGGGAAGAACCCCAUACAGCUUGUAUGAAAGAAGCUUGGAAUGUUCAAGUUCCCUUAUACUUGGCACAUUCCAUAAACCCAUACUCAUCAGGAGUUUAUGAGAUAUUGUUGUCUAUUUUAACAACUGUUUAAUUCAUGAAAUGACAUGAAUGAAACUACUGUACCAAUUGUUAGAAACUGAGAUAAGACACACCCAAUAAGCAUAAUGUCUAUAAUGUUUCCAUUAGUUGAAUAUAUGUUUUUCUAUAAAUGGGCCUGUGCUUGAGCUAUGUCUGUACAUACUCAUUGCACAUACUUCCUUUAGAGGAAUCUUUCAGGGUAAAAAGGUCCCCCCAAAUAUUGACAUUAACUAGAAAUAUUUGUGCAUACAGGGAGGAGGUGAGCUUCAUUCUGUAAUAUAUAUAGUAUAACGGUGGGCUUAAACUCCAGCAAAUUUUGCAAAAUUAAAGGGACACUAUCGUCACCAAAACAACUUUAGUUUAAUGAUGCGGUUUUGUGUAUAGAUUAUGCCUCUGAUGUCUCACUGCUCAAUUAUUUGUCAUUUAGGACUUAAAUCACCUUUGUUUCUGUUUAUGCAGUCCUAGCCACACCUCCCCUGGCUGUGUCUGACAGUCUGCAUGAAAACAGAAUUGUUUAACUUUCAAUCAGAUGUAACUUUUUCUGUAAAUAGAACUUUAAUUACAUAGAGCAGGCUCCUGCAGGGUCUAGUAAGCUAUCAACAGAGCAAGAAAUUCUUACUUAAAAGUUCCACUAUAGGCACCCAGACAACUGCAGCUUAUGGAGUACCAGGUCCCCCUAGUUUUAACCCUGCAGCUGAAAAGGUUUACAUUGCAGAGUUAACCCAGCCUCUAGUGGCAUGCUCAUUCGGCUCCACUCGGGAGCUGACAUCAACUGGGGGAGGAGAGGUCACCAGCGCCGAGGUAGUCCAGCGCUGGAUUAAGGUAAGUGGCUGAAGGGGUUUUAACCCCUUCAGCACAGCGGGAGGGGGGACCCGAGGGAAGGAGGGACCUAUUACCCUAUAGUGCAAGAAAAACGGGUUUGUUUUCCUGGCACUACAGGAUCCCUUUAAAGGACCACUCUAGGCACCCAGACCACUUCAGCUUAAUGAAGUGGUCUGGGUGCCAGGUCCCUCUAGGAUUAACCCCUUUUUUUAUAAACAGAGCAGUUUCAGAGAAACUGCUAUGUUUAUAAAUGGGUUAAUCCAGCCUCCAAAUCCUCUAGUGGCUGUCUCAUUGACAGCCGCUAGAGGCGCUUGCGUGCUUCUCACUGUGAAAAUCACAGUGAGAACAUGCAAGCGUCCAUAGAAAAGCAUUGUAAAUGCUUUCCAAUGAGACCAGCUGAAUGUGCGCACAGCUCUUGCCGCGCAUGCGCAUUCAGCGGAAGAGAUGGAGAGGAGGCGGAGAGGAGGAGGAGAGCUCCACGCCCGGCGCUGGAAUAAAGGUAAGUUUAACCCCUUUCCUUUCCAUCCAGCCUGGCGGGAGGGGGACCCUGAGGGUGGGGGCACCAUCAGGGCACUAUAGUGCCAGGAAAACGUGUAUGUUUUCCUGGCACUAUAGUGGUCCUUUAAAGAAAAUUUGCAAAAAAGGAAGUGUAGACAUUAGAUAACUCUUUACAGGAAGUGUUUGGAAUGACUGUGUAAGUCACAUGCAGGGAGGUGUGACUAGGGCUGCAUAAAAAAAGUGAUUUAACUCCUUAAUGGCAGAGAAUUGAGCAGUGAGACUGCAGGGACAUGAUAUAUACACUAAAACCGAUCUAUACACUAAUACUGCUUCAUUAAGCUAAAGUUGUUUUGGUGACUGUGUCCUGUUAAACUGUGUGCAAUACUCUACAAUGUAAGCUGCCUAGUGCGUAAAUGGUCACUUUAAACAUUUAAGUAUUAGGUCUGAUGUUUUUUAAGUAUUUCACUAAAAUAUCAGAUUCUUAUGUAUUUUGUAUCUCAAACCAUGUAUAGUUUGAGAUUGAGAUUUGAACUGUCUAUAUAUUCCUAUGUAUCGGCAGCCAGACAGUGGUUUCUUCUGUGAAGAGAACUCCAGUGAUGAUGAUGCAAUACCUAGAGAGGAAUUUCGUGGGAUAGUAGUAAAACAAGGGUGUAUGCGGAAACAGGUCGGUAUCUAAAAACAAUACUAAAAAUGUGAACAUAACAUCAAUAUAUUUCAUUAAUUGCAUUCAUUGUUUUAUUAAGCCAUUUAAGAACUCAAAUGUAAAAACGAUAGAUUCUUUUUUUUUUAAAUAAAAUCGAUUUGUUUUGAAAGAAGGAAUAACUUGAUGUUUUUAUAAUACAAACUGCAAUCCCUGGAUUGCAUGCUGAAAUAAUAUUGCUAUAUAUUCUUAAAAAAAUAUAAAAUAUAUAUAAGCUUUUUACAGAAGUAAUAAUAAACAGUUUUGUUCAGCACAAUUUCUCCAGUAAACGAUAAAAACAUCUAAAUUAGAUGUGGUAUUGGAUGGUGGGUGUACUUUAAAUUAACUAAUUCAAAAGAGCAACCACAUCAAAAAUAUCAUAUUGUACUCAACAUCUUACUUUGUGCACCCAUUAUCUGUCUUAUCUACACAGUUAUUGCAAAUUUAUUUCAUUUUUGUUAAUUGCAUACACAUAUAAAUAACAAUUAAUACAUAGAACAUCCUAUUUUUCAAACCACAAACAUAUAUUUAAAAUACAAAGCAUUGUCUUGUCCUUUCUCUCUUCCUCUUCCUAUUUUUUUCUUCUUAGAAAGUUGCUUCCAGGUUGAUCUGUCGGGAACCUUUUCUCUUGUGUUGUCAAACAGAAUAGCAUUUUUAUCAUGUCAUAAACCAGACAAUUACCAGUUUGGAUACAACUCUUCUGACUAAGCCAAAACAAGGCACCACAACAUAAAGGCACCAUAGUAUAAAGGGACCACAGAAAAUAUAAAGGCACCAAACACACUGUAACGGACCAUUUUGCACACAAGAGGUUAAAAACCGCUUAGGCGAUAUUCCCCUUUCAGAUGCACAGGCAGCUACUGCAAACACCAAUCUCCCGAAUUGCAACUACAUGAAUACUCAAACUCCCGAACAGGAAACACACAAAUUCACCAACUCCCGAACUGGAAACACAUGAAUGCUGGAAACAGCCGAACAGGGAAAAUCAUGCAAACAGCUUACACUCCUAGCAAUCGGUCAGAAGCAGCAUACAAUCCAUUUCCCCCAAUAACGAGACGACACUUCGUUUUGAGGGUCAAGCAGAAUCUCAUUUACUGGGGCUACCUGCCCGGCUUUUAUGCAGGUCUCCCACCUGGUGGACACUCCCCUAGGGGACCAGAUGGAAGACUGGGAAACAUAUUGGACAUUGACCAAUCACAAGCUUACAAUCCCACAAUGCAUCACAAUCCCUCCUCUCUGUCCUGGAGAUAAUUGGGAAGUAAUCCAAUUAUCUCCAAGGACAGAGGCAAAACUCCAUUAACCACAUGGCAGACAAAGGACAAUAAAAGACAUAGAAUUACAUACUGUUACAUUUAUCACAUAGAACAUACACAUUCUACCUAUCCCCAGAUAGCUUAGAUCUGAGCACACAUUAUAACUGGAUGGCGCUCAGAUCACAUACAUACAGUUCAAUCGCCAUGGAUCCAAAGUCUUUCAUACAGUCUUUCAGUAUACGGCUGGGCUCCAUGGCAUAGCUAUCUGGGGUAGCAUGGUUUAAACAGUAAAGUACCGAAUGGACCGGUGUUCGGAUAAUUGACUGCAGGUAGGAGAAGGGAGGUCGGCGGCUCAGCGGUGUUCGUGACUUUAACAGUCCGCAGAAAGGCAGAAAGGCAUGAACCAGCCUAUCUGCAGGGAAAAAAAACAGUGUUAAACAUGGGGCCAUAGUCUAAAGGGAGCAGGCGAGCAACCAGGCUCCUCCAGUGGCCAGUGGCGAGGUUGGUUACGCAACGCACAUAAAAUAGCAAAACCCCAAAGAGUAUUGAAGAGGAAAACAAAAUAUAUGUCCAUAAAUAAGGGCCGUAGGACAGGAAAAAGACUGAGGAUCUUAGGAAUGGAGCCUCCUUUUCAAGUAUAUAGUGUUUUUCCUGUCCUAUCAGCUGUAUGUAGAGGAGCUAACCCACUUGUAUAGGCUGCCAUGAUUAGCAAGGAAAAAAACCCGAUAUAUUUUAGUAAAUAUCUGUGCAUUUUUGUUUUUUAUAACAAGCCAAAGCCGAAUUUAUAAGAGCACUGAGAACAGACAAAAACAUGUCAGCGUAUUCUUCCUGCUCUGGUCUCCUACACAUUUUAGCUCAUGUGUAACAUAAGAGAAGCACCGUAUACUAUUUCUAUAUAUAAUAAUAAUGAGCCUACUCACAAGGGCAGUCCAUAACUAAAAAAACAAAAAGAAGCAUGCUCCCCUUUUAGACUCUUUAUUGUGGUAGCCAAGAGGUAGAUCCCGAUUUGUUAUAGAACUUCCACUGUCGCGAUGCUUUAUUAAGGGAAUUUAUUUAUUUAAUUUUUUUUGGUCAUACCUUAUUUUUUUACACUUACAAUAAGUUUACACAGCUUCAUAUUUUCAUAUAUAUAUUUCCCUUCUGUAGUUGUGCAUAAAUGUUGCUAAUUAGAAUAUUGUAAAAUAUAUAUUUUUUAAUUAAAUUCCAUUAAGUCACCAAAGCUUGGAAGAAAAAACACUGAAGUUACAAAAAGAGUAACUCUUUAAUUUGACACUUUGGGAUUUUUGAGGGGACGGAUGUGAAAAAAACUCAGUUGCAUAAACGCUUCAUCAACAACGUUUAAAAUGAGAAAUCUGUAGUGUGGCUUUUUUGUUUGUUUAAUUAAUUUUAACAGUUAAUUGAUAUGUACUUUGAGUCCACCAUAUUAUAAAUAACUGUCAGGUUAAGAGGAGUACGCACUCAGGGAAAGUGAAACUGGGUUAUGAUGCCUUAGACCACGAUUAGUUUUGUAGUCCAAAACAUAAAUGAUUCUAGAUUGGCAUUCAAUACAGCAGUCUUGAGUGAUAUAUACAGGGUGUCAAAAGUCGGGAAGAAAUCUUGAAUGUUUAAACACUUAGGCAUUAAAUCACAUUUGUUUCUAUCUAUGCAGCCCUAGUCACACCUCCCUUAAACAAUAUGGUUUUCAUUUUUAUUCAGAUUUAACUUUCUUUAAAAUGUUUUAUCUCUUGCUCUGUAAAUUGAACUUUAAUCACAAACUGGAGGCUCUGCAAGGGCUAGCAAGCUAUUAACAGAGCAGAAGAUGAGAAAUUCUAAAUUAAACAGAAUUUCCAAUAAAGGAAGUGUAAACAUUAGACGACUCUUUACAGGAAAUGUUUAGGAAGGCUGUGUAAGUCAUAUGCAGGGAGGUGUGACCAGGGCUGCAUAAAAAAAGUAAUUAAACUCCUUAAUGGCAGAGAAUUGAGCAGUGAAACUGCAGGGGCAUGAUCUAUACACCAAAACUGCAUCAUUAAGCUAAAGUUGUUUUGGUGACUAUAGUGUACCUUUAACAUAAAUAAAUUCAAUUUGGUAGCUUUCAAGAUGGCAGAGUGAUGAGUUAACAUGACAGUUGUUUAAUAAUAAAGCACUUACUGCACAUUUUAUUUCUGCACACUAAUUAUGUCUAAUAUAUUCCUCUACGCUUUAAACAAAUGUUUAAACAAACAAACUGUGUGUAUAUCAAUGUCUUUGUCUACAGGGACACAGAAGGAAAAACUGGAAAGUACGUAAAUUUGUUUUGAGAGAAGAUCCUGCAUAUUUGCAUUAUUAUGACCCGGCUUCGGUGAGCAGACUUUAUAAAUAUAGUUGUGUUUGCUAAGACCUGCUGAUAAUACAAAACACCCUAAGGGAAUAUCACAUUUUUUUUUUAAGUUUAUCUAAGUAGAUGAUCAUUAAGUAAAUGUUAAGUCUAAAAUACUCUGGUGUGUCUUGUUAGUAAAUACUGUACAUUAGAAUUGUCAAAAUUUUGAUUUUCCAAAACAACAAUAAAUAUUAGACUUGUGCACAGUGAGAAAAAAUUGGUUCAUCCGAAAGCUUUCGUCUGUAAAAACAUUUUCAAGCAAAUCAUGUUUUAUCCCUCUGGUGUUUCCAUUUGGACUCAUUUUAUCUAUGCAAUCAUUUCGGGAAAAACUAUUUGGAAGAACGAAAAUGGGUAUGUUGGUAUACUGUAAAAUAUACGCAUAACGUAAUUAUUAAAUAUAUAUUUUACAGUGCACAGAUAGGUGCAUUUUUGAGAAGUCACAAAUAGAAAAAAAAUGAGGAGUCGUAAAAAAAAUCUUUGUUUAUAUAUUAUAUAUUUAUUAUAUUUAUAGUAUAUAUAUAUAUAUAUAUUUUAAUGUAUUUUUUUCACUGCUCCUCCAUUUCUUUCCUGUAUUGGUCACUUUUCACUUGAUCUGUGAAUAAAAUCACCAUUUAGCCAUCAAUCAUCUCUUUAUCUAUCAAUCAUCGUUUUUUUCAUCUAUCAUAAUUUUUCCCAUGAAUUAGCAUUUAAUUUUUUUAUGCCAUGGACAGAACUCCGAAUCACGAAACAAACAAAACAGUUUGUUCAUUCCUCCUUUCAUUUGUGGCAUAAUUCAGUGAUAUGGUCAAUUCAGAAUGAUGGAAUUCGGAUGUCUCACGGAUUGCCCAAAAUUUGGAUGAAUCAUGAUUCGUAUGGAACAGAAUGCAAAAGUCUAUUAAAUAUACAAUAACAAUUAUGAGUAACCUAUUCACUUGAGAAUCUUUGUAAAUUUGUAACUGUUAAUUUUAUCUACAUUUUGCAGCAUCUGUUAUGAUAAUUUUUUCUCUAUCUCUCUCUAUAUCAGGUUAAUUGCCAUACAUUGUGGUUACAUUUGAAAAAUCAGUCUGUGGUCAUAUAAAUGAUGAGGCUAUGUUUAAUUUGGUAACUUUAUUUCACCCUUGAGGUCUUGUGUGAUAUAAUCUACAGUUUCAUUUAAAAGUUAGAAUACAUUGUAGUCACAGCAAAGCACUUUAGAUGUUCCUUUGAGACCAAAUCACAUUUUAAAAUGUACCGUCGCAGUAUGAUGUUUAGAUUUAGAAAAUAAUACAAUAUUUAAAAUAUAUAAAGCAAUGUAUAGUGAGACAUGCCAAUAACUUCUCCUGUUUAUAGGGGGAUGAUGAUCCUUGUGGAGCUAUUCACUUACGAGGCUGUGUAGUGACUGCUGUAGAGGAUAUGAUGGAUGGUAAGUUUACCAAAGCAUAGAUCACAGGAUUGUUUUCUAAAAUACCACCAAGGAUUAGACCCACCUCCCAUGGGAGAAGAUCAAUAUGCUGGGCUGGGGCAUUAGGAGAAAGAGCGGGAUGUAAUAAGGCAGACACAACAUCUAAGAGUCUUAGUUUUGAUUUUUAGGCAAGGUGUCCAGAGCCGUAAUGUGUUCUCCACUAUUCAAAUUUAGCCCUUUAUUUGAAUUAGACAGCCAUCCCCUAAUCAUCCAGACAACUAGCCAGCUGUUUGGCCACAUUGCUGAGACUUUAAAAGAAAAAUAGAAUGGGGAGCGAGAUUAAAACAAGCUGUGAUAUGCAUUAUAUUCCACAAUUGCAUGUCGUUCAAUAGAGGACUAUAUUACAUUACCAUAUUUUCCGCUGAUCCAAGAUUCAGUUGACCCAGCCUGGUCUACUUCUAUACUCACUGAUAUUUACAUGUCACAUAAUUUGUAGACAAAGUCUUUGAACUCAGCCCUCUCAUCGUUGGUAGAUUUCUUUAUGCUGUCCAAGGCAAUGGGUAUGUAGAGUAAAGAAUAAAAUAAAAGAGGCUGAUUAAAAAGCCAUGUUCAUCGUGUGAUCUAAAUGUCAGCCAUAGUUUUGUAGACUUGCAUAUCUAUUGCCCUUUUCCUAUUUGAGCGGUGGGCUUUUAUAGCUGUUGAACUACCCCUCCUACAUGUUAUACCAAUCUGGGCGCUCUGGCAGGGUUUUGGAAGCUGUACUCUAGAAUCAGUUUGGGAUAACGUCAUUACUUAAAGGGACACAACAAUCACUGAAACAACUUUAGCUUAAUGAAGCUGUUUUGGUGUAUAGAUCAAGCCCCUGUUGUCUCACUGCUCAAUUCUCUGCCUUUUAGAAGUUAAAUCACAUUGUUUAUGAAUCCCUAGUCACACCUCCCUACAUGUGACUUACACAGCCUUCCUAAACACUUCCUGUAAAGAGUGGUCUAAUGUUUACACUUCCUUUAUUGCAAAUUCUGUUUAAUUUAGAAUUUCUUAUCUCCUGUUCUGUUAAUAGCUUGCUAGACAUUGCAGAAGCCUCCUGUAUGUAAUUAAAUUCAAAGGUCAAUUUACAACCUUCUAAAUUAAGUUAACAUCUGAUUGAAAAUCAAAACCAUUUCUUAAUGCGGGCUGUGUGAGUCACAGCCAGGGGAGGCGUGGCUAGGGCUGCAUAAACAGAAACAAAGUGAUUUAACUCCUAAAUGGCAGCAAAUUCAGUAGUGAGACUCCAGCUAAGGUUAUACUGGUGACUAUAGAAUCCCUUUAACAAUAAUCUGAGAACUGCAGUGAAAAUAGACAAACUCUAACAUAAAGUAUCUUUAACUUCAUUUUUAUAUGUUCUUGAAAUCAGGAAAAAAGCAGGACACAGACAAGAAUUAUUUUGAAAUCAUCACAGCCUCCGAGGUGCAUUAUUUUCUGCAAGCAGCUUCAUCUGAAGAGCGUAAAGAGUGGAUUAAAGCUAUUCAAACUGUGUCCAAAAUAGGAAAGUGAUUAUUAAAUGCAAAGCAUUAGAUACAUUGUUGUUAUUGUUAAUUGGAGAUAAAAACACAGCACACAUAUAUAUAUUUUUUAAUGUUUGUUAUUACACAAGAUGCCCAUUUUUAAAUAUGUUUCAAUAGCUAUCAUGCGCAGUGCACACAUACUGCAGGGGUCUAUGUAUAAAGUGAAUAUUUUUACAGUGCAGUCCUCAUAUGCCUGCUCCUACCCAAAAUCCCUAGCAGCUGUACAAGCACUGCAAACGGAGAAAAUCUAGAAUCAGUUUGGGAUAACGUCAUUACUUAAAGGGACACAACAAUCACUGAAACAACUUUAGCUUAAUGAAAUCCAUUAGGUCUCCGGACUUGCCUGACCCUCUCUGUAUAAUUUAACACAUUUGCCAUAUGGAUAUUAUUUUACACAAAUAAAUGUAAAUAGUAAAACUAAUUUAAUUUAAUCAAUAAAAGUGUUAGUUUUCCUUUAACCCCUUAAGGACACAUGACAUGUGACAUGUCAUGAUUCCCUUUUACUCCUGAAGUUUGGUCCUUAAGGGGUUAAAGUGAUAAAGUAUGUAUGUUGCAUUGUAUUCCACACACAAUGAAACCUCUACUAUGUAAUUUGCUUAAAAAUGCAGGAAAAAAAGAUUCUAAAAAAUGUUGCACUGUGUAAGGGUUUUUUUUUGUUACAGUACAUGAUCCAAGUUCGCGCACUGUAUGUAUCAUCACACUACUAUACACAGAGAGACUGUAACAGUGUGUGCAACUUACCUUUCAUACUGCUAUUCAUAGCUGAUGGGUGUCUAUUACAUUUUUCCCAAUAAAUUGAUUACGUUUCUGCACGUGUUGUUCAGGACUUGUCUCUUGUGUAUCUCUGUGGGCCUAGCGUUACUGCACAUUAUUUGAUCUGAACAAAGUUUCUCAGUAUCAAAGGGAAUUUUUUUUGUUUUACAUUUCCAUUUCAGGAAUUUGUUUUAACAACUAAUGGAAAAUUAAACAUUUUUGUUUCAGAAACCGACAUUUAUUGAAAAAAAGCUAUUUCAUCUUCAGUAAUAGGUCACCGCUCUGAAUAACAGCCUGCUGUGUUGUCGUUUUCUGUCUCAAACAAUUUAAGAUAUAAAUACACCAAGUCGAUGUUUUGUUGUCUGUUUUGCAAAUGUUCUUUACAUUUGUGGGAGAAUUAAAUAUAACUAUGUGAUAUCUGCUGCAUUGUCAGCGAAACACCCAAAACCACCAUGUAUUAUAAGAAAAAAACACAAAAAUAUUUUUCACAUCCUUCAUUAUUAAGCUCACUUCAGUAAGAUUUAUUUGAAAUGUUAAAUGCAAACGAAAAGCCACAAAAUAGAAACCUGAUGUACAGAUCACUCUUCAAAGAUACCUAAAAUAUAAAAUUGUGCAGAUUUUAAUGUAUGAAUAAUUGGAUAAUUCUCUGCACAAAUAUCAAGAUUUAAAGAAAUAGAAAACAGCAACACACCCUACUUCAAUUGAUAUAGAUGCUAAGUAAUAAGUGUACAAAUAAAUGCAAGUUUUGUAACAUAUAGAAAGUAAAAGACAAAAAGGCAGUAAAAAUGGUGGAAUACCGUGUUUAUAAAUCUUUGCUAAUAGUUUCCUGGCACAGCUGGAUUUCAGAUUCUCGAAAUACCAGCAGAAAGCAAAUGUUGUAACUGCAUGUGGCUAUCAUGCAAACAUAUUAAAUGGACACUCUAAGGACUAUAACAACUACAGUUCAUGUUCUAGAAUGGUUUGACUACUUACAAUAGGAGAGAGCAGUGAGACUCCCAGGGCUCCGAGUAUCCCUUUAAAUAUAGAUGUCUGAACAAAACCAGAUAUCCAUAUUCAAAGGAUGUUGCAGGCUGCUACUGCAUAUGCCUCAAUGUAUGCUCAAGAACCCCAAAUCACCCCCACCCCAUGCCAUUAUGAUCCACGAAGGCUUCUAAACCCUGCUGUACAGUGCAGGAGUAGAAUGGAAUCUAUGUAAUUUAAAGUCCCUCAAUCGGGUGAGGACCUUAGCUGGUUCAGAGGUGGAGAUAUGUGGCGUGAAAAUAUUUAGAAUUUUAAAUACUGUUACUGAAUGGGUUAAAAAAAAAGUUGUUGAGUCAAAUUUUUUUCUGACUUCAGCGUUUCCUAAUUUAACAAGUAUUGUUAACUGAAAAAGUGAAAUGUCUUACUCAAGCACAGAUAACGGUGUUCUUUGCAUCUCUUCCUUAUUGUGAGGAAUCAACGAAUGACAUAUGUUUCCUGUCAAUUCAUAUCAUAUGUGCUCACUGACAAUUUUGGAUAUUUCAGUUUAUCAAAAAAAAAACACAAGCACUUAAUUUAGCUUAUAAAUUCCAAUGUAUUAUCCAGUCUCAUGUAGAUCUGUUGCAUGUGUCGUGUAGAACAAAGUGAAGGGGUAAAGUCAUAUAAUGCAGCUUAAUAAUAAUUAAAUGGUAAAAAUGUAAUCUUAAUUUGUUACAUGCGCUUGGUAGUAAUUGCCAAAAGAAGAAAAAGAAAAGAGUUAACCUUUUUAGUAAUACUUUUGUGGAGUUAUUUUAUAUUAUGAAAUGUGUAUGUUCAUAGUUGCUG